AACGGAGGGGCCGAGCGCCCGCGCCGCGCCGCGGGGACCGAGCGAGCAGCCCGAGGCGGCGGCGGCGGCGGCGGAGGACGGGGACGGCGACGACGCAGAGGCCGAGAGGGAGCCGCCCGGCCCGGCCCAGCCCCGUCAAGCAGGCAGAGCUCAGCAGAGGCCUCUGUCACUGCCGUCAUGCCGUUCCCAUUUGGCAAGUCUCACAAAUCUCCAGCGGACAUCGUGAAGAACCUGAAGGAGAGCAUGGCUGUUCUGGAAAAGCAGGACAUUUCUGACAAAAAGGCAGAAAAGGCUACAGAAGAGGUUUCCAAAAAUCUGGUUGCCAUGAAAGAGAUUCUGUAUGGCACAAAUGAGAAAGAGCCACAAACAGAAGCAGUAGCUCAACUUGCUCAAGAAUUGUAUAAUAGUGGGCUCCUAAGCACCCUGGUAGCUGAUUUACAGCUCAUUGACUUUGAGGGCAAAAAAGACGUGGCUCAAAUUUUCAACAAUAUUCUCAGAAGACAAAUUGGUACAAGAACUCCUACUGUUGAAUACAUCUGCACCCAACAGAAUAUUUUGUUCAUGUUAUUGAAAGGGUAUGAGUCUCCAGAAAUAGCUCUAAAUUGUGGAAUAAUGUUAAGAGAAUGCAUCAGACACGAACCGCUUGCGAAAAUCAUCUUGUGGUCGGAACAGUUUUAUGAUUUCUUCAGAUAUGUGGAAAUGUCAACAUUUGACAUAGCUUCAGAUGCAUUUGCUACAUUCAAGGAUUUACUUACAAGACAUAAAUUGCUCAGUGCAGAAUUUCUGGAGCAGCAUUAUGAUAGAUUUUUCAGUGAAUAUGAGAAGCUACUUCAUUCAGAAAAUUAUGUGACAAAGAGACAGUCACUGAAGCUUCUUGGUGAACUACUGUUAGACAGGCACAACUUCACGAUUAUGACAAAGUACAUCAGUAAACCUGAGAACCUCAAAUUAAUGAUGAACCUCCUCCGAGACAAAAGUCGUAACAUCCAGUUUGAGGCCUUUCACGUUUUCAAGGUGUUCGUGGCCAAUCCCAACAAGACGCAGCCCAUCCUCGACAUCCUGCUCAAGAACCAGACCAAGCUCAUCGAGUUCCUCAGCAAGUUCCAGAACGACCGGACCGAGGACGAGCAGUUCAACGACGAGAAGACCUACUUAGUUAAACAGAUCAGGGAUUUGAAGAGACCAGCACAGCAAGAAGCUUAAUUUCCUAUAAACACCUCCAAUAUUAAAUCCAAAUUCAGCAUUUGCUGUUAGCUACUCGGCAUCAGGCACUCUUACCGAUUCAUGAGGAACUUUACUGCUAAUCUGCUGUUAAGUGAACGGUUUUCAUUUUACCUUUUUGUUUUUCAGUCCAGGUUGGAGAACGUAGCUGCUGCCGCCUGCACACUAGCACGCACGUGGGCUUUUUUUUUCCCUUGAUCUUUGUGUCAUUCGGGAUUCAAAGACUCUUGUUUGCUGUAGGAGUUGUGAACGUGGCUGUGUUCACGAGGGCAGGUGUGUGGAUGGGAACGGCGUAGGGAAGAAGGCAUCGCCAUGACCGGCCGCUGCUCCUCGGAGAAGAUGGGCGCUCGGUGGGGCAUCCGCCCCACGCCCUCGCCACCGCCCGUCAUCGGCCUUCGCUGAGGGAAGAGCUCGGAGGGACCCGUGUCCACGGCGUGAGCCUUGGGGAGGAUAAAGUUGACGUGCAAAUAAAUCGAUACUGAAGCAGCAACUGCUCCAAAGUGUGAAGCUUCCUAAGGUCAUAAGGAAAAAAAAAUGUAUAUAUGCUUUUCACAGCUUUCUAGGACUUUCCGACAUUUGAUUUUCUUGAGACUUGUAAACCUGGAUAUGUUGAAGAGUAUUUGUUAAUUUUACUUUUUUGAAGGUAUUUUAAAACAGUAGAACUAGCAACGACACUUUGCAUUUCAUUUCAAUACUGCUUACAGGUUUCUUUUGUAUAUAAUUCUUAGAAUGCUCCUUUUAAAAUGGUUUAAUUUGUACAGCAGAGGAAUGUUAUUGUAGUAGUAUGUAACUAUUACCUAAUACUGAGGUUUUGCAAAAAAAAAAAUGAAUGCUCAUAUGUAAUUGAAAUACUUCAGAUCACAUGAAAAUGCUGAUUUAACAGUUAAGGAUCAACAGCAUUAAAAGAGAAAAAGUAAAGCAA